AUUGCAGCAUCUGUGUUUCAAAAACCAAUAAGAUGAAACUUUUAAUUAUAUUUGUAGCUAUCUGCAUUGGCGGUAUUCAACUCGGUGAAGCAAAACUUUGCUGCCCUAAACCAAAAACAGAGAUUAUCAUAACUGACGCAAAUGUUGCAGCUUUUAUAGGGUGCCUUAAAAAUUUAGUGGAGGCUCAUAAUAAACCCAAAAAGUUCCAUCAACAGAUCGUCGAACAAGCUCAUACUGUAGCAAAUAAGCUAACAGUAACUGUAAAAGCAACUGGAACACGUAGCUUAAUCAAUGAUUUGAAGAAGUUUUUGAGAACUAUCUACAAUUCAUUGGCACCUCUCAUUGCACUGGUAUUGCCUCGUGGUAAGGACCUCUUCGAUGUAGCCGCUGAAGCUGCACAAAAAGUUGUACGGUGGUUUGUCCACAACAACGCACCACUGGUGGAUCUCUUGGAUAAGAUCGUACUUGCUUUUUCAUCUGUAGCAAGAGUAACAAUUGAGAGUAUUUUAGAGAUUAUCAUAGGGCCUCUAUGAGGAGCUUAAGACAUGCUAUAUAUGUUUGUUGAUAAAAAUAAUUAUAUAUCUUGCUAAUAAAUUGCUGAAACAAU